GCUCAUUUACAAGUAUAACAAAAGACUUAUCUGGUACAUCUAUUUCAAUUGAUAUUUGCCGGAAGAGUAAUUUCUGAAUUUUUUUUCUGAAUAAUCUCUGUUGUUUCGCUCAGACUUUGAGGUUUGGUGUUAACAUGAUAACAGACUUUCCUUACAGGACAUUCCACAAGCUGGCAGCACUGAUCUUGUCCAAUGUUGACAAACAAGUCAAGAACCGAACGCUCUGCUCCGUCCUAUUUUGUUGGUGCAUGUGUGUCCCACGAGCCUAAACUAUCAUUAGGAGGAUUGCAUGAAAAGAUUGAAGAAGUGCAACCGUUGAGAAACUGAUUCCAAGAAUGGGGCUGUUCAUGUGGAGAUUACUAGUCCCGUCAAGGCACCGCGUUUCUUGGGACCUUGGCUAUCGAUUCGGAGGAUUCGUUAAUGACUUUCCAUUGAAUUCCACUUAUAGUGAAGCACUACCAGGAGGAAAGACUGAUACCAUUGCACUUGAAAUAGCAUUUUGACUCGAAGUUUGUUAGUUCCUGAAUCCUUGCAAGCUUUGGAUUCGAGAAAAGACCUUCAUUUUUGGUUUCAAACGUAACUAUCUCGAUUCAAGUCAAAUUCAGGUUUCCACUUCUAAACGCAGCCAAAUCUAUUUAUUUAAAACUUUUUACUUGCGGGCUAUUUUCAGUGAUGUUGAAAACCCAAGAUUUAUUCCAGCCACCAGGAAAUAAGCUUAGACCUGAGUAAUUUCUGAAACAACCUUUGUCUAUGGGAAUGCAAACUAUCUGUCUGCAGGGUGUUCCAUAUUCAGUGUCUCUUGCUAAAAAUUAUAUGAAUUUGAAUUCAACAAAGGAAGAUGUAGUAUUGUUUGAGGAAUAGUGCUCUACCAACAUCCUGACAAACAUUCGUGCAGGUUGGUCUAUUUAUUUAGUGACCAUGAUUCUCACUCACAGAGAAUGCCAUUCACUACCAUCGUUAAGUACCAGAUGUUUCUCCAUGAUGCCCGAGGAGGUUCGCAACCAACGUGGAGAGUAUUUCACUGUGACCAAAACCAACAAGAACUUCGAAGAGUUCUAUCAGUCUCAGAAUACGUGCCAAGAUUGGGACCAAUGCUUGGACUACAUGCGCCGAUGUCUACUUCAAUCCAUAAGGGUAAAUCGGAAUCGACCUCAGUCGGCCCGAGUCAUUCAAAAUGUGCUGCAGGAUUUCGCAAGCUCAACGGAAAAUCGCGUGGACGAGGUUCAACUUCGUCAAAUGGAAUGGGACCCAUACGUGUGGCAAUUCUCCUCGACACGGUGGGAUUUGCAUCUCCAUCCUGAAAUCAACCCAUUCCUUCAUCAUCAAUUCUCCAACGGAAAUAUCUACCGUCAGGAAUUGGUAUCCAUGAUGCCAGUGCAUUUUCUGAAUAUCCAACCGCAUCACAAAGUGCUGGAUAUUUGUGCGGCACCAGGGUCCAAAACCAAGCAAGCACUAGAGAGCCUUCAUGCCCGAAACACUUCUGCCGAGUUUAUUCCCCCGGGGUUUGUCAUUGCCAAUGAGUUCGAUCCUGGGCGUUGUCUGAAAUUGGCCUGCAAUGUGAAUUCGUAUGCAUCUCCCUGUGUGAUGUUAAUGAAUCAUGAGGGUUCUAGGUUUCCGGACAUUCCUGAUGUUGACCAGGAUGGCAAUCUGAUACCAAUGAAGUUUGACCGUAUUAUCUGUGAUGUUCCGUGCUCUGGGGAUGGUACCAUUCGUAAGAAUCAAAAUAUCUGGACUGCUUGGACGCCUGGAGCCGGCAAUCAUCGUCAUCAAAUCCAAUACCGAAUUCUGAGAAGAUCAGUCGAGCUUCUGGAGAAGGAUGGACUCAUUGCAUAUUCUUCUUGCGCCAUAAACCCAAUCGAAAAUGAGGCCGUUCUCCAACGGAUUCUCAGCGAGAGCCAAGGAGCUCUUGAAAUUUUGAAGUGUCCUCCUCAACCUGGGAUCAAUUAUCUUCAAGGCCACACCAAUUGGCGAGUUUUCGACUCCGAAAUGACUGAAUACACCAAUUGGUCGGAAGUUCCAAAGAGGUUUACCUCACAGGUUCUUCCGGAAAUGUUUCCGAGUGGACUUUUUAACGAGCAACUUCGACGAAGUAUGAGAUUUCUACCCCAUUUAAUGAAUGACGGAGGCUUUUUCGUGGCCAUUCUGAAGAAAAAGAGCAACCAUAUGCCUUGGGAACGUUCAGAAUGUCACUUUAAAAUGCCAGAAAAGUCUUUGGAAACCAAAUUCCGAGCCCUCUCUGGCAUUGCAAGAUGGGAUAAAUCACACGGAAGGCUGUUCAAGAAAAUGUGGAUUCCUCUAAAGACCUCUCUCAGUGAUCGUGAGGCAGUCGCAAAGGCCCUCGAGUUUUAUUUUCCAAGCGGGUUCCUUCAAUCGGACCAUCUUCACUCUGUGAAAAAUGACUUGACAUCUAAACUGUGGCUAGCCAAUCCUCGACUUUUAGCAAUCAAGGAAAGGUUUCAUAAAACCUCACCACAAGGCUACAACAUGUUCAAACUCGGGCUCCUAGCCUUUGUAAAGGAUAAGAAGACUCAUGUAACUUCUUGUCCCUUCAAACCAUCCAAAGGACCAGCCGGGAAUCUCUUAUUGCCUCAUAUCAAAAGAGCAGUUCGACUGUCGUCGGAGGAUUUCAAAAUAGUGCUCGAAAACCCAAAUCCUAAUGUGGAGUUUCGGAAGCAUCUUUCCGCCGAAGGAAUUGCAGCUUUGAGUGAAUUAUCGCCGCCCGGAAACUGCAAAUUGUCGGUUCAUUUCAAAGGCGAGAGUGAUAUUGUCUUGGAGUGCCUUGCAUUUGUGGGGCACAAUAUUGUCGAGAUUCAGGUGACGACACAUGAGAGGUAUCAUUACAGACUGACACUCAAUCCAAGUGAUGUCUUUCCUCAAAUAUCUGACUCGAAAAAAGGUAAAAGUGAAGCCCACGAUAUGCAUCCUUCGACUUGAUAUACUCACUCCUUCACCUCGUUUCUUCUCAUACAUGGUACUUGCCCAAGGUGAAAUACAUAAAGCUUGACAACCAAAGUAGUACAGUCAUUACAAAGUAUGAGCAUGAAACAUCACUUAUUUGUUUGACUUCUAGA